AUGGGCACAAGCAAGGUCUCCGCUGUGACCCGGGUCUGGAGAUCUUUGCUGAGGAAGAUAGAGCAGAAAGGGUUGAGCCUGGUGAGAGGGGAUGAAAUUGAGAUGUGGAGCUUCAAGAAUGUGACAGGGGAGCUCUGUUUCAUGCUGGUUAUGGCCGAUUCAAGAAGGAGAGCAGUAGCUCCUGAGAAGGAAGUUGUGGGUAACAAAAUGAGGUUGAAAACCCCGGUAGCAGAGGAAUGGCCGAGUAUGAAAGGCAACAGGAGCAGUGGUGCUAGUUAG